AUGGAAAAAUACUUAGUAUUGCUAUUCGCAAUUGUUUGUUUGUCCGCGGCACAAACGAAUGGUCUUCCUGUUGGUAUUGGCGGCCAAAGCGCCGAGAGUAGUAGCGGAAAAGGAGGCGGCGGUGUCCUACCAGGAGUAGGUGGACUCCUCGGUGGUCAUGUCCUACCAGGAGUAGGUGGACUCCUCGGUGGUCAUGUCCUACCAGGAGUAGGUGGACUCCUCGGUGGUCAUGUCCUACCAGGAGUAGGUGGACUCCUCGGUGGUCAUGUCCUACCAGGAGUAGGUGGACUCCUCGGUGGUCAUGUCCUACCAGGAGUAGGUGGACUCCUCGGUGGUCAUGUCCUACCAGGAGUAGGUGGACUCCUCGGUGGUCAUGUCCUACCAGGAGUAGGUGGACUCCUCGGUGGUCAUGUCCUACCAGGAGUAGGUGGACUCCUCGGUGGUCAUGUCCUACCAGGAGUAGGUGGACUCCUCGGUGGUCAUGUCCUACCAGGAGUAGGUGGACUCCUCGGUGGUCAUGUCCUACCAGGAGUAGGUGGACUCCUCGGUGGUCAUGUCCUACCAGGAGUAGGUGCACUUCUUGGUGGUGGUAGCCAACAAAAAGGCGGGGUUGGCCAACAAAGCGGUGGUGGUCUCUUAGGACUUGGUGGUGGUAGCCAACAAAAAGGCGGGGUUGGCCAACAAAGCGGUGGUGGUCUCUUAGGACUUGGUGGUCUUCUUGGUGGUGGUAGCCAACAAACAGGCGGGGUUGGCCAACAAAGCGGUGGUGGUCUCUUAGGACUUGGUGGUGGUAGCCAACAAAAAGGCGGGGUUGGCCAACAAAGCGGUGGUGGUCUCUUAGGACUUGGUGGUCUUCUUGGUGGUGGUAGCCAACAAACAGGCGGGGUUGGCCAACAAAGCGGUGGUGGUCUCUUAGGACUUGGUGGUGGUAGCCAACAAAAAGGCGGGGUUGGCCAACAAAGCGGUGGUGGUCUCUUAGGACUUGGUGGUCUUCUUGGUGGUGGUAGCCAACAAACAGGCGGGGUUGGCCAACAAAGCGGUGGUGGUCUCUUAGGACUUGGUGGUGGUAGCCAACAAAAAGGCGGGGUUGGCCAACAAAGCGGUGGUGGUCUCUUAGGACUUGGUGGUCUUCUUGGUGGUGGUAGCCAACAAACAGGCGGGGUUGGCCAACAAAGCGGUGGUGGUCUCUUAGGACUUGGUGGUCUUCUUGGUCGUGGUAGCCAACAAACAGGCGGGGUUGGCCAACAAAGCGGUGGUGGUCUCUUAGGACUUGGUGGUGGUAGCCAACAAAAAGGCGGGGUUGGCCAACAAAGCGGUGGUGGUCUCUUAGGACUUGGUGGUGGUAGCGGACAACUUGUGCCAGGACUUGGUGGUUCAUCAGGAAAAAGUGGUGGCGCUGAAAGCAUUUUGCCGAAAGGAAAGAAGGGAAGCAACUGA